GAUAAUAUGCGAUAAGUAGCGCGGUUCGGUUGAGGUAAAAAUACAUUUCAUUGUUAUAAUGUAGUAAUAUGGUGAUAUGAAGAAAUAAUAAGCUUAUUGUGGGAUUAAUUAUGUCAAGUAAUGAGAAAGGAUCGCCGUUUUUAAAACAAUGUUUUGUAACAGCGGCGAUUUGUUGCAAUAUAAUAGGACAAGGUGCUGCUUUUGGUUAUUUAGCAGUACAGCUUCCAACGCUCAAAUCUAAGGACACCGAAAUUCCACUUACAAAGACUGAAGAAGCAUGGAUCGCCGGUAUGCUACCCCUAUGCAUGAUCCCAGGGUUCUUUUUAGCUACGCCAUUAAUGGACCGCUAUGGACGCAAGGCAACCCAUGUUAUCCUAAUUGUACCAGCAUUGGUUGGAUGGUUCAUGCUUACCAUUGCUUCCAGUGUUGCUGAAAUUAUCAUCGCCAGGGCACUCCAAGGGCUCUCAGGGGGAAUGCUCAAUACUCUUCGAUCUGUCCUUAUUGGUGAAUACACCAGCCCCAAAAACCGUGGAGCAUUUUUAACCACUAUUUCAUUUUCACAAGCAUUCGGCAUAUUCUUCGUACAUUUAAUAGGCUCCUACUUCAGCUGGCAAAUGACUGCUUUUAUCUCAGUCUUUCUUCCGUUUGUGAGUUUACUGAUGACGAUUUACGCACCAGAAUCUCCCAGUUGGCUCCUAGCAAGAGGACGAAUUGAUGAAUGCAAAGCGGUGUUUCGAUGGCUCAGAGGCAAUGAAGAAGAUGAAGAACUAGACGACAUGAUUCAAGCAAGGUUGGCUUAUGAGAAAUACGAAGCAACCACAACACAUAAUAGGAAUAAAAUCGUCGAUAUAAUUCACACUAUAAAAAAGAAAGAGUUCUACAAACCAAUAAUUAUAAUGGCCCAUUUAAAUAUCAUUUUACAAUUUUCUGGUGGUACGACUAUGGCAGCUUUUGCGCCUUCGAUAAUUGGCAAUUUGAUGCCUCAAGGCGAUGUGGCAUUUUGGAUGGUUUUCUUGGACACACAGCGAUUAAUAUGCAAUUUCUUAGCCGUUUAUAUAAUUAACAAAGUGAAGCGACGAACGAUGAUGUUUUCUACUGGUGGAUUGUGUGUGAUAAGUCAUAUUGCCAUUGCCACUUACGUUCUUUGCCGUCUGAUGGGCUGGAAUUACAGUUCCAUUUGGUUACCGGCGCUUUUGAUAAAUAUACAGUAUUUUACUGUGGCUGUAGGCAUGGUGCCCCUACCGAACAUAAUAGGUGGAGAAGUAUUUCCAUUGGAAUACAGAAGUAUAGGUGGGUCGAUAAGUUUAGCAACUGGUGGAGUUUUUACCUUUGUUGUACUCUUAACGUUUCUCCAGCUCAUGGAUAAUUUGGGCUUACAUGGCACUUACUACCUGUACUCGAUAAUUUUGAUUGUAAACAUUAUUGUAGUGUGGUGCUUGCUUCCUGAAACGAAAGGGAAGACAUUACAGCAAAUAGAAGACGAAUUUCGAGGCAAACCUUUGAGAUUGGACGAAAUUGAGGCCCGAUUGUCGUUGCAGUCUAACCCAAUAGAAAUCUAUAAAAGGAGAGUGUCUGAACAGAGAUUUAGUUCGACACUUACAUUAUAGUAAUGCCAGCUACAUGACAUUUGUAAUAUAAGUCUCAUUCAGCACAAGUACCUUCAUCGUGUAAUGUCGACUGUGAUAUUCCUUGGAAAAGACCAGCCGUCGUGGCAGUUUCUUUUCAAUAAGCAUAACAUAGACUUUAAUCUAUAUAACCAUUUGAGAAAUAAAGCAUCGGGAGAUUCCUUGUAGCUAGUAUAUGAUAAUCAUACUGUAUGAUCUACGCUGAAACAAUUGCAGUGAGUGAGAAUGUAAAAGCGUCGUUAGCUUUACUCUCACUCAGUCAAGACUAUUUUUAAGGCAAAUCGCUUCCCCAAUACCCAUGGUACUGCUUAACCUAAGUACAAGAGAUAUUAAUAGGUAAUUUAUAAAUAAAACAAUUAAUAUUUAAUAAUUGUCUAUAUUAUUUGGUACACAAUAACGGUCGCGAUGUCCAACCAUACU